UAUAACACUCUGUAGAGACCCACAAUGAGUGUCAGAGGACCGUCUUGGCUUCAGAAGUAGAUGACUGCUCCAAAUCUGGUGUCUGUAUUAGCUGCUUACUGCAAGAUAGAAGAAAUAUUGAUUGACUUUUUUUAAUCCCAAGUCAGGACGAGGAUUGUCGAUUGUUGGAUAGAAUGCCGGCGAUCAGUAGUAAAAACUCCGAUUUGGAGUUUGAUUCCUUGCAACCAUGUUUCUAUCCGGACGAGGACGACUUCUACCUCUGUGGUCCCGAUGCUGCGCCACCGGGGGAGGACAUCUGGAAGAAAUUCGAGCUGCUGCCUACUCCGCCCCUCUCUCCAAGCCGCGCUGCGCUACCGGGUGAGCCGGCGGCCACCAGCGCUUCCCCGGAGGCAGACCCCCUCGGCUUCGGCUUAGGGGACCCCCUGGACUGGGCUUCUGAGCUGCUGCUGCUGCCCGGGGACGAUAUAUGGGGAACAUCCGAUGACGGGGACCUGUUCGGCUCCGCUUUGGAUACAAACCCCAACAACAUCAUUAUUCAGGACUGUAUGUGGAGUGGCUUCUCGGCCAGGGAAAAGCUCGAACGGGUGGUAACGGAAAAACUGGGCAAGGCGAUUUCAACGGCAUCGACAGGGGGGAGGAGUGCGUACGUAAAGGUCCCGGAGGUGGUCAGCCGCAGCUCAGUGUCGGAGUGUGUGGACCCAGCAAUAGUGUUCCCCUUCCCAGUGAAUAAGAAGAGCAGCAGCAGGGACGCAUCUGGGACUGUGACUGCGUCCACAAUGCAUGGGAGCGCAGCCAGCGACUCUGAAGAGGAAGAUGAAGAAGAGGAAGAUGAUGAUGAAGAUGAGGAGGAGGAGGAGGAGGAGGAGGAAGAGGAGGAGGAAGAGAUUGAUGUAGUAACAGUAGAAAAGAGGCGCUCCACAAUCAGCAAGACUUCCCCAAUGGCCACGGGCUUAGGAACCAUCUCUGGUUAUCCGAAGAGCCAAGAUGGGAGAGGGAUUGUCUCAGGUGCUGGGGUUGUGAACCGGUUCACCAGCCGUAGUCCUCAGGAGCUCAUCCUGAAGAGGAGCUCAGUCCAUCAGCAGCAACACAACUACGCAGCCCCAUCACCUUAUGCCUCAGAUGACGACCUAACCCCACCGCCAAAGAAACAGAAGACAUCAGAGGCACCGCGGCCUCCUACCAGACCCGCUUCAACAUCCUCCACAUCUUCCUCCUUGUCCUGCAGUUCUGCCUCCAGUGUUGCCGGGUUGCGCAGAAAGCGCAGCGCCAGUGGAGACAGCAGUCCGCGCGGCAGCUCUGACUCUGAGGACAGCGAGCGGAGGCGAAACCACAACAUCCUGGAGCGCCAGCGCCGUAACGACUUGCGCUCUAGCUUCCUGACGCUACGCGACCAUGUGCCAGAGCUGGCGCACAAUGAGAAGGCUGCAAAGGUGCUGAUCCUGAAGAAGGCAACUGAGUAUGUUUGUUCACUGGAGACAGAGGAGAUGAGACUCCAGCAGGAGAAGGACAGACUCCAGGCUCGCAGGCAACAGCUCAUGCGCAGGCUGGAGCAGACUAGGACUCGCUGACAGACAACUUCUACAACAUAAAAACCCUCACUUCUACCCUGGAGGACCCCCUUAACCCCCCCACCAACCCUCACCUCCAGACAUAGGCCUAUACACUUAAGCACAGAUACACAGGCCUUUAUAUCUGUUGGACCUUUGCACGCAGAAACACUAAUAUCUCAGAGGACAUUUAUUUUCAGAUGCCGAUAUACAAACGUGGAAGAGUGGAGAGAAGCGGGUGCAUGGGGGGCUUUACUGGAGGAAUGCUCGGACUUUUACUGCAGCCACUUUUUUUGCACAUUUGUUGACGUUAAGAAUGUUUAGGGUUUACUUUUUCAAUCCAGUCACAUUGAGUAAAGACAAAAAGAGAAAGAAUGAGGAGGGAGACACAUUGUGUUCAGUCUUGACUCCCUCCGCUUGUUGUUUUUUUUGUUUUGUUUUUUUAUAUAAUUUCUACGUAUAUGUUUGUCUGUUUGUUUGUUUUGUAUUCACUGUGACACCAGCCUGGAAUCAAGUGAUUCCACAUGGGGAUAGGUGUUGGAGGGCACUUUGCUUGGAGAGCGGUGCACGCUUACCUUUGCCUUCAUCACUGCAAGACUGAAAAACAAAACAAUAAAAAACUGAUGACCGAGGUGUCAUAGCAGACACGAACAAUGCCACUACAGGUCCUUUUCCCCUCACUUUUCUCACACUGGUGCUCAAACCAAGUCAGUUGAUGUGUAACUGUGCACCUUGCUAGGCGACACUUUUGUAUAUAAUAAUAGUGUACAGACAAAAAUACACUCAGAUCUGCCUUGUUUUAUAUUUACACUUUCAUUCUUGUUUUCUUUUUUUAUAUUCAAGUCAGGAAGCUGCCAAUAACUGGACUGGAAGUUUUAUACCUUUAAAUGUACUGUAAAGUCUCAGUUUAUGAGAGUCAGAAAAACUUUUGUAAUAUAACUGCAUAUUUUUCUUCUCCUUUUGUAUAUCACUACAUUUUACACAUUUAUUUGCUUUUAGUGUGAUACAUACUAAAUUUGAUACUUAUAUUUUCGUAAGAGAAUGCAUUCUUGGUAGAUAUCACUUUAUCUCGUCAUUUUUCUUCUAUCAGACAAUUUUUUGUACAGCAGAUGCGUUCUAUCCUCAUAUAUCUGGACUUAUUCAGUUUUUUUCUCUCUCUUUUUUGUUGAUAUUUGUAACUAUCGGGUGCAUAGAACUGGGUAAAAUGAUAUGUUUGUUUUUUAACUACAUAAAAUGUACCUUUAGUGCUGCAACUCAUAGCACUUUUGAAAUACCUCAUUUUGAAAAAUAAAUAGACAAAAUUUCCUGAUGUUUUA